GGGGGAGGGAGCGCACUGGACACGGCAGCGAUGGUGGGAGCGAAUGCGCAGGCGUUGCUUGCGGAGCUGGUAACACGGCGAGGGCGGCAUGAGGAGGCAGAGCGACUGUACACGCAGGCUCUGGACGCCUACACGCGGCACUACGGCACCGACCACCCCACCACCGCCCGCUGCAUGUGCGAUCUGGCCGCUGUCAUGGCACGGAGGGGGCGAACAAGCCAGGGGGAACACAUGGCACGCAGGGCGCUGGCUGCGGCCACUGCGGCUCAUGGGGAGGGGCACCCAGCUGUGGCGGCAUGCUGGGUGGCGCUGGGAGAUAAUUUAAUAGCCAAGGGCGACAACUUUGAGGCGCACUCCGUGUACCGUACGGCUUAUGACAUCAUAGCAACCGCCAACGGUCAGGAAGACGAGGAGGCAUUGCGUGUGGAUCGUCUCAUAUCGCAACUGGACCAGGAGCUUGGUUGGGGUCAGCCGGAGGAAGGAAAUGAGGGGUGAGAGCUUACAAGUCUUCGGGCUGGGGGCCGUGGGAAGGAGAGGCCAGGUGCCUAGGUGUGGGACUGACAUUGUGAAUGAACAGGGCUAGGACGGGACUUUGGAGGGCAGGAUGGGUACCGGUAUGCGUGUAUACGUUGUGUGUGUUGUUCUGUUUCGGGAAUUGCAGCUUGGCCCCAGCCGUGCAGGGCUGACGUUUUCGGGUUCGAGACGCGCGUGCGGGUGGCUUUUGUACUGUUGCCUUGCCCGGUCUGUUCGGGCUCGGGAGGGUAGCUGCGCGACUCCCGGGGAGGGCAACCUCUUUCUUUAGUCCGCAAAGCUGACUGAUGACAGGCAGUUGUGCCGUAUUUCCGGUGUCAUGGCUUGGCCACUGGCCUCUUUGUUGUUCGCCGUUACAACUUGACCCUGCCUCCUACAUGUUACAUAAACAAUGCGAACUGUUUUAUGAGUGGUACGUACCUUGACUUGGCGGUGAAGUAGUAUGAGGUGUGUGGAGUAAGAUGUACGUCGGUGUGGAUUAAACGAAUGAAGGUCCUGGGCGAAUGUGUAGCAAGGGCAGGGCCUGGUUCGGGUUUUAUCUCGGUUCGCUUAUUUGGACGAACGCUUAUGGCUUAUGGUGCAAUCCGAAAGCACCGCGCAAUCUCUGUACGGCGCAUGCCGUCGUACAGCGACGUACACCUGUACUGCAGAUGAUUUACGCUUCCAUGUACGGAAUGCUGGGCAUGUAGCUGCACCACAAGCCGCUGCUAUUGAAUAAUCAUAUGAGGUUAUGAGGUUUUAUGACCGCGUCAUUUCACCUGGCCACGUCUAUCGCGUUGAUGAAUCGUUGCCUUGAAUUUGUUCGCUUCUAGUCAUUUUCGCGGCAUCAAUGCUUGCUGCUCAAAGCAACGCAGAUUGCAAAUGGUAGUUGGAGCGCGGAGGACUUCCGUGAGCCUUGCCGUCUGUUGCUGCUCAGCCUCCACGCGCAGGAAGGUGCUUGGGCGGCGGUGACUUAGGGUUUGGGCUUAGGUUUGUCUUAGGGCUCUUUCUCGGUUCUGCUGGGCUCCCGCUCUUCGUCGUGUGCUUGCUAGCACGUAUUCAUCCCGCUUUGGGUUCUCAGUGGUGAGGAAGAUCGUUGGGCACAUGCCUAGGGUGAUUACGGAGGCGCCGGUGGCAUGAUUCAGGUAUGGGAUCGGUGAUAUGGCCAGUGGGCGUGGUGAGCAAGGGGCAUAUGGACGUUUUAAGUAUAUGACCCGUGGGUCAGAAGCAAUAACGAAACAACACACCGAACAAAAUAUGCCCAUUGCAAACGCGGCGUGGCAAGCCGUAUCUUCACAGCGCGGUUAGGCUUGUGAAGCUCGUCUUUCUCCCCUGUUUGGAGAGGCAUGUUUGGUGCGCUUUUCGCGCCAUUUGUACGGACGUGGGGCAUGGGUACAACGCAUGGGUGCAGCGUAUGGAGGUGGGCUGCACAGUCUGGUUGUGACAAUGCCCUUUGCAAGAGGUAUUUCACCGUGGGUGUGUGUUCGUGAACGAAUCAGCAACGAAUGUUUGAACACAUUGUUAUGUCAUGUCGCACGGCUUCGCCUGUGCGUGUCGCUUGUUGUCAUGUGUGUGCUCUACGUGGGAGCAUUGUACGAUUACAUCAUCCUCCUUCAUAGCAUGUACGGCAUACGGGGUUGUUUGCCCGACUCUUUGAAUGCUAAGAGUCGUGGAGGCCGUAUGCAUGGAAACACGUGAAUGGGCUCGUUUGGUUUUAUGAAUGCGCGCAGUGGUUGCCUGUUUAAGUGCCUCACUCCCUCACAGGGACAUGGCCUUAGCUAGGGCCAACGUGCCGGUUCCCAUGUAGGUCGCUGCAUUGGGUUGCGCUCUCACGUCUUAAGCUCGAUCAACUAUUCCGUGCCAAGAGUGAGUCGGGGAGGCGUGUGUCAGCGUAAGGAUGGCGGCCUGCGCCAGCGUUUGGUUUGCUAAGCCUGGUACUGUUAGGGUGGUUGGUGUACUAAGGGGCAUUGUACGGGUGAAGAGCCUGAGUCGGGGUUCCCCACCCUGAGAAUGAGUGAUAGAAAUGAGGCGAGUCCCAUGAGUGUGGAAAUCACCCCAGGACUGCGUGAUCUAGGUAGGUACGGUUGCCAGAGGGAGGUCAGGGGCGACAGCUAUGUCGAAAGUUAUGAAGAAGCCUUGUGGCUAUUCCGAUGGCAUGACGAGCGGCUUGUCGUUAUCCCGCAAAACUGUUGGUUACACGGCUUAGGAGCCAACCACUCGCAUGGAGAGCCCCUUUGUAGCUGUACGACAGCUUUGGUUUCAUUUGUGUGUGGAUGCCGUACGGCCACGGUGGGAGUGUUUCCAGAGCUUCUGUGUUUGCCCUCCUAUCUGGGCGUGCACGCUGGCUCUUAAUGUGUGCCGUGCUUACUGACUAACACCAGCAGCAGAGAUUCGUUGAAGCUACUAGCUUGGCGCAUGUGUGUGCGCGUAUUAGCAGGGGCUUGACCUCUUAUGAGUCCUCGGCGCAAUAUUGCUUGCUUGCCUGUUUCCCGCAUGUGUGGUGUGUGCACGCGUGCAUGGGGGUAGGUUUCCUGUUUGCCAUAAGCUGUGACCUUCAUCAAGCUGUCCAAAUUACACUGUUCCAGCCGUGUUUUUGGCUCGGUUGGCUUGGCGUUUACGUUUGUUCGGUACCUUAUUCCACCUCUUGGGUGUCUUGGUGUGUUCCUGUGUGGGAGUGCAAAAGGGUGGAGUUAGGUGAACCCUAGAGCAAACACGACGGGAUGGUGUGUGCCUUUUUCUCACGGCGGUCGUAUCAGCUGCUCGCUUUACUAUAGGCAUCUGCCGAGCAGAGUUGUCGCUGUCACCUAUUCAGCAUGAAGUUUGCAUCUAACGAAUGGCAAUGGGGCUCAAGGGAACGUCCGAUCUUCUACCCGUACUCUGCGCCAUAGAAUGGCAUGGAAUCCGUUUAUCAAUGGAAGGGCGUGAUGUGCCUUUGGCCUGAUAGCAUAAGAACGACGUGGAUCAUGUAGUAACGUUGCGUUUGGGGGGUCCCGGGUGCUAGCUGUUAGACGGCGGGGCACGGGUUUGCACUGGGUGGUUCAAGAGCCAGGACACCUGCUAGCAUUGUAUGCUACUAGCAUUAUUCAUUAAGCAGCUUGCCGUGAGCUGGUUAGAUAACCUCAGUGCUGGGCCUUUUAUAGACGGUGUCGGGGUUGCGGGACUGGUACUGUCCUGACUGCUGCGACCCAUUGGCCAUAGCAAGCUGCCCAUAUGCAAGCCGCAGGCUUACAGCAAGACGGUAACUUUGUAAACACAUAGCAUGCGGUCUUAUUUACGGCGAAGCAUUCCGUCGUGUUUGCCGACGGCCCUUGUGCACUGGCAAUGGGCGACGACGAGAC